AUGACGAGGAAUCUGCUGCUGCUGCUGGCCUCACUGGCCUUAGCCGCCCUGACUUCACCAGCUGAUGGAGCUCCAUUGAAAGUGAUGUCUGCCCCCAACUUGUUGCGGGUGGGAACCCCCGAAAACAUCUUUGUGGAGUGUCAGGACUGCACCGGAGGAGACAUCAAGGUCGAUAUUAGCGUAAUGAACCAUCCGACCAAAUCCAAAAGGCUGGCAUCCGCAAGCGUCACCCUCAGGAGCGCAGAUAGCUUCCAGCAGUUUGGACAAAUAACGAUCCCCCCUGCAGACUUCCGUAAGGAUCCCAACGUGAAGCAGUAUGUUUAUCUGCAAGCUCAGUUCCCUGACCGACUGCUGGAGAAAGUCGUCAUGGUGUCCUUCCAGUCUGGGUACAUCUUCAUCCAGACCGACAAGACCCUGUACACACCUAACAGCAAAGUUCAUUACAGGAUGUUUGCAGUGACGCCCCGCAUGGAGCCUGUGGAGAGAGACGAUGGAAAUAAAGAAGAUGCUUCUAUUGCCAUUGAGAUUGUGACCCCUGAAGGCAUCAUUUUACCACUUGAUCCAGUCUCUCUGAACGCAGGCAUCCAUUCUGGAGGUUACCAACUCCCUGAAAUUGUUAGUACUGGAGUGUGGAAGGUGGUGGCGAAGUUCCACAGCAACCCACAGCAGAGCUUUUCUUCAGAUUUCGAGGUCAAAGAAUAUGUGCUUCCCAGUUUUGAGGUCAAACUGAAACCUAAGGAGUCCUUCUUCUACGUGGACAGCCAACAGCUUAUUGUCGACAUCGAAGCCAAGUAUCUGUUUGGUGAACAAGUGCAUGGGACGGCCUAUGUGGUGUUUGGGGUUAUAUCUGGAAAGGAGAAGAAGGGUCUUCCAGACUCUCUCCAGAGAGUUCCGAUCAGGAACGGCGAAGGGUCGGUGACACUGAAGAGGGAGCACAUCACAAGCACCUUCAAAAACAUCCUGGAACUUGUGGGGAAGUCCAUAUUUGUAUCUGUCAGUGUGCUGACUGAGAGCGGAAGUGAAAUGGUGGAGGCAGAGACGAGAGGCAUCCAGAUUGUCACAUCACCCUAUACCAUCCACUUCAAAAGAACUCCCAAAUAUUUCAAACCAGGACUGUCCUUUGAUGUUGCGGUUGAAGUGUUGAAUCCUGAUGAGACUCCGGCACAAGGUGUUUCAGUGGUGGUCAAUCCUGGUGAGGUGCAUGGCGCCACCGCAGCCAAUGGCAUGGCAAAGCUUACUGUCAAUUCCGCAGCAUCAGAUGCAACACUGUCAAUCACUGCAAAAACCAACGAUCCCCGUCUUUCGCCUGACAGACAAGCAGUAGCCACCAUGAGGGCUGACCCAUAUAACACCAAAAGCAAAAAUUACAUCCACAUAGGGGUGGAUACCGCUGAGCUGGCAUUAGGAGACAACCUGAAAAUCAGCCUCCACCUCAACAGACGGGAAAAUCAAGACGCUGACAUCACAUACCUGAUCCUAAGCAGAGGUCAACUGGUGAAAUCUGAGCGGUACAGGACAAGAGGCCAAGCGCUGAUUUCCCUGAUUCUUCCCAUCACCAAAGAAAUGCUUCCGUCGUUCCGCAUCGUCGCCUACUACCAUCCAAGCGACAACGAAGUGGUGUCAGACUCUAUUUGGGUGGAUGUGAAAGACGCCUGCAUGGGCUCGCUGAAGCUGGAACCAAUGAGACCUGCUCCAUCCUAUGAGCCUCGCAAGAUGUUCGGCUUCAGAGUCACAGGAGAUCCGCAGGCCACAGUGGGACUGGUGGCGGUGGACAAAGGCGUCUACGUCCUAAACAACAAGCACCGCCUCACCCAGAAAAAGGUGUGGGACAUAGUGGAGAAGUACGACACCGGCUGCACACCAGGUGGAGGGAAGGACAGUAUGAGUGUUUUCUACGAUGCUGGGCUGGUGUUUGAGUCCAACACUGCUUCUGGGACUGCCUACAGACAAGAAUUGAAAUGUCCGGCCCCUGCCAGGCGGAGACGAGCCGCUACUAUAAUGGACGUCACAACCAGCUUAUUGGAUCAAUAUAAAGGUGAUCUGGAGCGAGAAUGCUGUCUGGAUGGCUUGAGGGACACCCCUGUUUCAUACGGCUGCGAGAGGCGCAGUGAGUACAUCUUGGACGGUGCGUCUUGCGUCACGGCCUUCCUGAACUGCUGCAAGACCAUGGAAAACGAGCGAGCCGAGAGGAGGGAGGACAAUCUCCAGUUGGCUCGCAGUGAGGAAGAGGACGAAAGUUACAUGGACAGCAAUGACAUUGUUUCUCGCACAAACUUCCCUGAAAGUUGGCUGUGGUCAGAAGUUGAACUGCCUCCUUGCCGUCAAGGCAACUGUGAAACCACAUCACUCACGAAAACUGUUCCUUUGCAAGACUCCAUCACGACCUGGCAGUUCACCGGCAUCAGUCUGUCAAAAACUCACGGAAUCUGUGUUAGCGAGCCAUUAGAAGUAAUUGUUCGGAAGGAAUUCUUCAUUGAUCUCCGGCUGCCUUAUUCUGCUGUCCGUGGAGAGCAGCUGGAAAUUAAGGCAAUCCUCCACAACUACAGCCCCGAUGACAUCACUGUGCGCGUGGAUCUAACCGAGCAUGCGCACGUGUGCAGUGCAGCGUCUAAACGUGGGCGGUAUCGUCAGGAGGUCGAAGUUGGACCCUUAACUACACGAUCUGUACCCUUCGUUAUUAUUCCCAUGAAGGAAGGCCAAUACAGCAUUGAGGUCAAGGCAGCUGUUAAGGAUUCAUCGCUCAAUGAUGGAAUCAUUAAGGUGCUGCGGGUGGUGCCUGAAGGCAUUCUGAUUAAAUCUCCUCAGACUGUCCUUCUAGAGCCUAAUAAUAAAGGUGGUAAACAAGAAGAAAUUCUGAACAGUGGAAUUCCCAGGAACGCCUUGGUUCCAAACACACCUACUAGCACACAAAUCUCUGUGACAGGCCGAGAUCAAGGUGGUAUUCUGGUGGAGAACGCCAUUAGCGGGAAGUCAAUGGGCAGUUUGAUCUACCAACCCCACGGCUGUGGAGAGCAGAACAUGAUCCACAUGACCCUGCCUGUCAUUGCAACGUUGUUUUUGGACAAAACCAACCAGUGGGAAACUGUGGGCUUUCAGAAGCGUAAUGAAGCUUUACAACACAUAAAAACCGGCUACACGGCGGAACUGAAAUACCGCAAGGGUGACGGCUCUUUUGCUGUGUGGCCUACACAUGCAGGUAGCACCUGGCUGACGGCCUACGUUGUCAAAGUGUUUUCCAUGGCCAACACUCUGGUGGCAGUGCAAAGCGAAGUCAUCUGCGACGCUGUCAAAUUUCUGAUUCUCAAAGCGCUGCAGCCUGACGGCAUGUUCAAAGAAGUCGGGAGGAUGAUCCAUGGAGAGAUGAUUGGUGACGUUGCCGGUUUAGAUUCAGACGCCUCCUUGACGGCUUUCUGCCUCAUUGCCAUGCAGGAGUCGCGUCCGAUAUGCGCUGGCACUGUUAAUAGCUUGCCAGGCAGCAUUGACAAAGCAGUGGCCUACCUGGAGAAGCGCCUGCCCAGCCUCACCAACCCUUACGCUGUUGCCAUGACGUCUUACGCCCUGGCCAAUGAGGACAAGCUGAACCAAGAGAUCCUCAAGAAGUAUAUUUCUCCAGAGCUAAACCACUGGCCCACACCUAGGGGACACAUUUACACACUGGAGGCCACUGCUUACGGUCUUCUGGCUCUGGUCAAGGCCAAGGAAUUUGAGGAUGCUGGACGUAUUGUGAGAUGGUUCAACCUGCAGCGGAAGGUGGGAGGAGGCUACGGAUCAACGCAGGCUACUAUAAUGGUGUACCAGGCUGUAGCGGAGUACUGGAGCGCUGCCCAGGAACCAGAGUACGAUCUGAACGUGGACAUCUUGCUGCCGGGCAGGUCGCAGCCUUCCAAGUACAACUUCAACCGCGAAAACCAAUACGCUACAAGAACAUCUAAAAUUAAUGACAUAAACCAGGACGUUAAGGUGACAGCCACAGGAUCGGGAGAAGCAACGGUCACGAUGGUGUCACUGUAUUACGCUCGGCCAACAGAAAAGAAGAGCGACUGUCAGAAGUUUAACAUGUCAGUGGAGCUCAUCCCAGUCAAAAUGGACGAGGAUGAGAAGAUAUACAACCUGAGAAUAGAGGUUUUGUAUAAAGACGCAACAUCCGAUGCAACCAUGUCGAUCUUGGAUAUCGGCCUGCUGACCGGCUACACUGUUAACACACAAGACCUGGACUUGCUGGCUAAAGGACGAGCCCGCACCAUUGCGAAAUACGAGAUGAACAAAGUCCUGUCAGAAAGAGGAUCGCUCAUCAUCUACCUGGACAAGGUUUCUCACACACGACCAGAGGAGAUCACUUUUAGGAUCCACCAGAAGCUGAAAGUUGGCGUCUUACAACCAGCAGCAGUGUCCGUCUAUGAAUACUAUAACCAAAGAGCUUGUGUGAAAUUCUACCAUCCAGAGAGGAGAGCCGGGCAGCUGCUGAGACUCUGCAGAGGCGAAGAAUGCACAUGUGCUGAAGAGAACUGCAGCAUGCAGAAGAAGGGGAAAAUCAGCAACGACGAGCGCACGGCCAAGAUUUGUGAGAGUACAGAGACCAGCAAAAUUGAGUUUGCGUACAAAAUACGAGUGGAAGAUAUAAUGGACGACUUGUCAACAGACAGUUACUCAGUACGGGUUCAGGAAGUCAUCAAAGAAGGAAGUUUGGAUGUCGCUCCUGCAGAUAAACUUCGCACAUUCCUCAGUUAUCAGCAUUGCAGAGAAGCUUUAGGUCUGCAAAAGGGCAGAACCUACCUUGUCAUGGGCUCGUCCAGAGAUAUUCACAGAGACGACCAAAGGCAGACGUUUCAGUACGUGCUCGGCGAGAGAACCUGGAUCGAGUACUGGCCGACAAGAGCAGAGUGUCAGCUUAAUGAAUAUCGACCCACCUGUCUGGGGAUGGAGGAGAUGGUCACUCAGUACACAACCUUUGCAUGUCAGCAGUAGUGAAGCCUUUCAAAUUGUUUUUAUUUUUCAGUAUAUUUUUUAUGUAAAACUGCUGUGACAUGAAAGACGCAAAAAAAAAAAGUU